GCAAAGAAUCAAAUUUUUUAAUUUUUUUUUUUCAAUCAGCGGAAAAAAAUGAUGAAGGCAACUGUGAAAGCUCAAUAUGAGACUGAAAAAGAAGCCCCAACCGGCGGCGCAACUGUAGCUUUCAAAGCCGGCGACUUGAAGCUCCGUGCUUCUAUGACCGAUGUUACCUUAUUGAACGGUCCCAGCUUUAAAGGCUUAGCUGUCGCCGUUGAAAAACCCGGCUCCUUCAUCUUCGACUACAACGUCCCCAAAAAUGACUUCACAUUUCAAUUUAUGAACUCAAUUAAGGUUUUGGAGAAGCCAUUGAAUUUGACGUACAGUCACUCUGUAGGAGAGAACAAAACAAUACUAGAUGGAACAUUAGUGUUUGAUUCCGCAAACAAGUUGUCAGUCAAUCAUAAGCUGGGUUCGGAAGGUUGUAAAUUGAAGUACAGUUAUGUUCAUGGAGGACUCACUACUUUCGAACCGAGCUAUGAUACACAAGAGGAUUCUUGGGAUUUUGCAGUGUCUCAUGGGAAAGAUGUGUGUAGUGCUACGUAUAAGACGCCUAGUAAGAAUUUGGGGCUUCAAUGGUCCAGGAGUUCUAAGCUAGGUGCAUCGUUUAAGGUUUCUGCAUCUCUCUGUGUGGAUGAUGAGGAACUUUUUAAAUUUCCAAAGUUAACUGCUGAGACUUCAUGGGACUUUGAGAUAUGAUUCUUUCUGUAUUUUCAUUUGAUGAUUUCAUAUAGUUGUUGUAUUAUUCACUAGUGACUUUGUUGUUUAGUCUUUCCAUGACAUCCCAAUAUUUAUGAUCAAGAUCUGCCAAUACAUUAUACUUCAGAA